UUAAUGUUUUCUAGAGGAUGCUCUGCUUUCAUAAUGCUAUUUAACAGUAUAAACAAGAAAGGGAACUGCAGAGUAGUCCUAGUGAAGAGAGCAGGAUCCUUGGAAGCUGCUGAUUUUAAUACAAGAAGAUGAAGAUCACAUUCUACAUAAGUUUUCUACUGGCAGGCCUUCAUGCUGUUUCACAUGGUCAGCUCCCACCCAACCACCACAGUGGACAUGAUCCAAAUAAACCUAAGCACCAUAUGCAUCAUGCAGGUGAAGCGACUGCUUGCCUCAAACUAGUUCCAAACAAUGCUGACUUUGCAUUUCAAUUUUUUAAAGAGAUUAUACUGGAGGUACCUAAUAAAAACGUUUUUUUCUCCCCUGUAAGCAUCUCCACUGCAUUUGCAAUGCUGGCCCUAGGGGCUAGAUCAACCACUCAGACUCAGAUCCUGGAAGGACUCUCCUUCAACCUUACUGAGAUUCAGGAGAAAGAGAUACAAGAAGGCUUCCACAACCUCAUCCACAUGCUGAACCAUCCUGAGAGCAAAGUCCAGCUCAACAUGGUGAAUGCCAUCUUUCUAACAGAGAAGCUGAAACCUCUAAAAAAGUUUUUAGAGGAUGCCAAGGCUCUUUAUCAGCUGGAGGCUUUUACCACUGACUUUAACAAUCCCAGGGAAGCUGAGAAGCAAAUCAAUGAUUAUGUAGAGAGGAAAACACAUGGAAAAAUUACUAAUUUGGUCAAGGACAUGGAUCCACAGACUGUAAUGCUUCUGGGUAGCUUUGUUUUCUUUAAAGGCAACUGGGAAAAGUCUUUUAAACCAGAACAUACUGAAGAAAGGGAGUUCUUUGUGGAUGCUGAAACUACUGUGAGAGUCCCCAUGAUGCACCAGACAGGAAGAUUUGACUUCUAUUUUGAUGAGGAUCUGUCAUGCACUGUGGUACGGCUUCAUUAUAAUGGGAGUGCUACUGCAUUUCUGGUUCUGCCAGCAAAAGGCAAAAUGAAGCAGUUAGAACAAGCUCUGGUCAAGGAAACCAUCCAGGAAUGGUCAGACCAUCUCUUCAAGAGACUGCUGAGCCUCUACUUCCCCAAGUUCUCUAUUUCCGGGACCUAUGAAAUAACAAAUAUGCUUAACAAGAUGGGAAUUGUGGAUGUGUUCACUGACCAGGCAGAUCUCUCUGGCAUCAGUGGCACCCCAGAUCUAAAGGUUUCAAAAGUUGUUCAUAAGGCUUCUCUGGAUGUUGAUGAGAGAGGUACUGAGGCAGCAGCAGCAACUGCCACUGAAAUAAUGACAAUGUCUCUUCCUCCAGCCAUUGAAUUCAACCAUCCCUUCCUCAUGCUGAUUUUUGAUAGAGAUACAAACAGUACCCUCUUCAUAGGAAAAAUAGUUAACCCAGCUGUCACUAGCUGAAGUGACAUAUGAACUCUGCUUGUUGUUACUGAUUAAAGAUGUUAAACUGCAUGACGUGAUUUAUUUUCAUUUGUACCAGCUUAGUAUGUGGCUCUUUUUUAGCAAGGGUUUUUAUUCUAUGCUGUUAUCAAAAAUUGUUGAUAUUGACCAUGACAGUUGUUCAAGAGGAAGCAAGGAAAAUGCUUUAAAUUCACCUAGCAAAGAAUGCCUCUUUUACUUGAUUGAAAGCCAAGGUAAGACCUAAGAUUUGCCAGCAUUCAGAGAGAGACAUCUGAAUUACAAUGGAAGACUCCUGCUUAAUAUGUGGUUGUCAGCCAAAUGGCAGAUAAAAUGAUUAACACUCUUGCAAACAAAGCAGAAAUGGCUGUAAUUUACCAUAAGUAAGUAAACAAGGGAUGGGAAGAGUUGGAUCAACAAUGCAGGGUCAUGGGAAACAGAAGCUUCUAAUGGAAACAUGGGGAUGUACUGGGGAUGUCUUCAACAGAGAAACAUAAUCUGCUUUCUCCACCAGACACCUUCUAUCAUUUUUGGUAUUCUAGCAGCAAAUAUUCCUGAGUUUCUUGCAGCUCAAAACAGAGCAGGAGGAUCAAAUCCACUCUUGAACCUGAAGACUUUCAACCACAUAUUGCCAACUUGAUGGACUUAAUAUGGCCCAUGCAAGUAGCUGACUUCUCAUACAUGUAUCCAUCAGUGUUCAAAAGGAGGAUGUAGCUGGAUGGGCAGAUGAAGUAUUUGGAUGGCAAUUACACAAGCAUACCAUCAGCUUUGUGGAAAACAUAUAAUGAGGGUAUAUAAAACUGUAAAAACUUCAA